GCCAUCGCCGCGGCGUCCUGUCUCUCUCUCUCUCCCCUGAAACUUCCGCCGCCGCCAGCCGACGCACCAUCGCACGCCGGAGCGGCCGCGGCGAUCGACGGCAACCGCCGCCGAUCUCGAUCGUCCAAAGGCUGAUUGAGGCCUCUCCCUAUCCAGCUUCCUUCGUCGUCUGGACCGCGAAAGAAACCCGCGACAUACCGGUCAUUUUGUUUUGUCGGGAAAGAUGAGUUUGAUAUCUCAGAAUGUUGCUUCCAAGAUAAAAAACAAGAGCAGAAGUGAUGAAAACCAUGAGUCUGCGGUGUUGAAAGAGAAAAGGGUGAACGAUGAAGGAAGAGACUCGGAUGCCGAUAUCUCAAGGACGACGAAGAAGAGGAAGAAAGGGAAGGAUGGUCAUGUUGAAAUUGAAGAGCAGAAGGAAAUGAAAAAGCUCGAGAACUUUUUGUUCGGAUCCCUCUAUGCGCCUGUUGAGUUUGGGAAGGAGGACAGGGAAGAAGUCCCGAUCGAGGCCCAGAACGGUCCUGCUUUAUUCUUCACUGACCGUACUGCAAAUAGUCAACUUUCCGUUUAUGAGGAGGACUCUGAGUCCUCGGAUUGUAUGAAUGAUGAAGAGGAGAUGAAGCAAAAAAAACCUGUUUGGGUGGACGAGGAAGAGGAAAAGGCAAAUAUUAACAUAGCUACUGUUAACAGAUUGAGAAAACUGAGGAAGGAAGAGAAUGAAAGUACUAUAUCUGGUUCCGAGUAUGUAUCAAGAUUAAGGGCUCAACACGUUAAGCUAAAUCCUGGGACCGAGUGGGCCCAACUUGAUAAGAAAGAUAGCUCCUAUGAUGACGAAUCAUCUGAUGAAGAAGAAAACGGGGUUGUUCUUGCCGGGAGACACAAGGAUGCUGAACCACUGGGCAACAUUCUUCGAACCGAUGAAGACCUAGUGGUGAAGAGGGGUGCAAAACUUUUGCCUGGACUUCUCGAGUAUUCGAGGCUUGUGGAUGCAAAUGCCGAGGAUCCAUCAAACGGUCCGAUUAAUUCGGUUCAAUUUCAUCGGAAUGCUCAGUUGCUGGUCACUGCCGGACUAGAUCGAAGGAUUAGAUUUUUUCAAAUUGAUGGCAAACGGAACACAAAAAUACAGAGCAUCUUUCUUGAUGAUUGCCCUAUCAGAAAAGCAUCCUUCACACCUGAUGGAUCUCAGGUCAUUGUAUCAGGAAGGAGAAAGUUCUUUUAUACUUUUGACUUGGUGAAAGCAAAGGUCGAUAAAAUAGGUCCCCUUGUCGGAAGGGAAGAGAAGAGCCUGGAAGUCUUUGAGGUUUCUCCUGAUUCUAGUACAAUUGCAUUUGUAGGCAACGAGGGCUAUAUCUUGCUAGUUUCAUCCAGGACAAAGGAGUUGAUUGGAACAUUGAAGAUGAACGGAACUGCUCGCUCCCUAGCUUUUGCUAAUAAUGGGCAGGAAUUGCUGAGCUCAGGUGGUGAUGGGCAGGUCUAUCACUGGGAUUUAAGAACACGAACUUGUUUCCAUAAGGCCGUGGAUGAGGGCUGUAUCAAUGGCACGGCACUUUGCACUUCUCCCGAUGGAGCAUUGUUCGCUGCGGGUUCAGAUAGCGGCAUCGUGAAUGUUUACAACAGACACGAGUUUUUGGGUGGUAAGAGAAAGCCAAUCAAAGCCAUUGAGAAUCUAACAACUAAAGUGGAUCUCUUGAAAUUUAAUAAUGAUGCCCAAAUAUUGGCUAUCUGUUCUGGCAUGAAGAAGAACAGUUUGAAGUUGAUACAUGUCCCAUCCUUUAGUGUAUUCUCGAACUUUCCUCUGCAAAAUAGGACGCUGGAUUACCCUCGCAGUGUGGAUUUCAGCCCGGGAGGAGGUUUCUUGGCUGUAGGAAAUGCUGCUGGAAGAGUUUUGUUAUACAAGUUGCACCAUUACGAUCGAGCGUGAGAUUCAAAAAUGAGAAUCGCCAUCCUAGAAUGAAGUGCCUGUAUAUUCCUCCUUUGUGUUGAAGGAUUUGUUGGUUUGGUGAAGGUUUCUCAAUUAAUUGAGGCUAUGGAUGAUGAUUGCUUCACUCCCUCUGGUAACUUAUUGAGAUGACACUGAGAAUUCUCACUUCCUCUGUUUUGGUGGCCUUUGGUAUUGUUUAUCCUUUCAGUCUGCUCUCUUCUCACUGACCCCAGUCCAGACGACCCUCUUGUUGCUGAAAUUGCUCACAUUUAAAAACAACAGAGAAGCCGAUACGAGGAAACCAGGGCAUGGACACAGAAGUAUUCGCGGGUUAAAAAAUUAGGUCCUGCCAUGUUAACGUGCGUGUAGGCAAUUGAACCUACACGAUGACUGAAAAACUUGUAGGCAAUUGAAAAAUGCUGAUAUGCAUGCUUUAGAAUCUAGAUUAUGUUGAAUUAAACCCAACAGUAGUGUCUGAAGUUUUUCUCUGUAUUUGCAGAACUAUUUCAGCUUUGAUUGUUGCUGUUUGUGAGCUUUACACUUUUUGGCUCCAGUACACUGGCAAUCUACUUGAACUUCGGAUUGAGUCAUGUGGAAAUUGUCUGUUGAGGGUCUUGUUCUGAAUAUUACUUUCAUGAAUCUUCU